CCGGUAGUACUGCUAGCUUGGGAGGAGGCGAGUGAAAAAAGAGAGGAGCGAGUGAGGGCCGGUCAGUGGGCGGAUUGUGAGGCGAAGGCGAGGCGCCGCUGUCGUUGUUGUGUCGCCAUCCGCCAUGGGAGGCUCCCGCGACGACGAGUACGACUACCUCUUCAAAGUUGUCCUUAUUGGAGACUCUGGAGUCGGCAAGAGCAACCUUCUCUCCCGCUUUACUCGCAAUGAGUUCAACCUGGAAAGCAAAAGCACCAUCGGUGUGGAGUUUGCAACACGGAGCAUCCAGGUGGAUGGAAAGACAAUAAAGGCUCAGAUAUGGGACACGGCAGGGCAGGAGCGGUACAGGGCCAUCACCUCUGCCUAUUACCGCGGAGCCGUGGGAGCCUUGCUGGUCUAUGAUAUUGCCAAGCACCUGACGUAUGAGAAUGUGGAGCGGUGGCUGAAGGAGCUGCGAGACCAUGCCGACAGCAACAUUGUCAUCAUGCUCGUGGGCAACAAGAGUGACUUGCGCCACCUGCGAGCCGUUCCGACAGAUGAGGCUCGAGCGUUUGCAGAAAAGAACGGUUUGUCAUUCAUUGAGACUUCAGCUUUGGACUCAACAAAUGUGGAAGCUGCUUUCCAGACCAUCCUGACAGAGAUCUAUCGCAUUGUGUCUCAGAAGCAGAUGUCAGACAGACGUGAGAAUGACAUGUCUCCAAGCAACAAUGUGGUCCCUAUCCAUGUGCCCCCGACUACGGAAAACAAACCAAAGAUGCAGUGCUGUCAGAAUAUAUAAGCAAGUUCCAUUCCUCGAAAGCUGUGUAUAUUUCCCCAGGUCCAAGAUGGAAAUAGAUCUUGAGUUCUCACUGUCCUUUCUUCCCCUGCUCCCUCUUUCUGUCCUAUUAUAGCCUCUUUUAUUCUUCUUUCCAGAUUUUUCCAUGUCUUAACUCUUUCCCCCUCACCUUUAAUUUCAGUAUUAUGAACCAUCAUCCCUUGUUUGCAUGUGGCUGCAGCAUUAUCAGAAUGCUAGUCCUGGCAGGACAAUUUUAAAAAUCAUGACAGAUCUAUUUCCCAAAUGCAUUGGUCUAUUUCAGCCGAGAUGUAAAUUAAGUUGCAAUAAUCUUGUGAGCUGGACACUCCUGAAAGUGUGAGUAGAGGACAGACCUGAGCCUUUUAAACAUUCUUUCAACCUUAAUUAUUAGAUGCUGUGUAUCUCAUAGACUGAGCGGUGUAUGGCUUAUUUUGAGCAGUGUAUGGCUUAUUUUGUGGCUGUCGGCAGCACCCCACAAUUCCAAUGCGCACGGUUUCUUGGAGCUGCAUUUACUGGGGCUGAGAGCAGCAAUCCUGCUUCCAUGGGCAGAGUUUCCUAGCUCUUUACAGAUAUAUUUGGAAGUAGCCAGUCCAGGCAACUUGGCCUAAUGGAUUAGGGGCUGCAAGCAACAUUCCUCAAAGGGCUCAAGAAACUGCCCGCUCCCUGUGUCUUAGUAUAUUUCCCAAAUUGCCAAUAUUGUUCUUGUUUUUAUGGAAGACAGCUUGUCAGAGCAUCGUUUAGAUCAGACUUUUAUCUAGCUGAAGCGAUCAAAGGCUCAUCCUUGUGCAAGCAAGUGGGAGAUUGUGUGUUGGAGGUAGCUUUGUGUGAACAAACUGAGCAAAUGGAGGUUAGUUGUGUUCACGCUGACUGGACUGCUGAGGGGUUCUCUGUGUGGUGUGAGAAGAAAAGUGUGGGACUGGUCACUCGCUUGUUCUGCCUGAUGGUUGGUGUCUGUGGCUUACGGUUUUGAUUGGUGGCAGCCAUGACUGGGCCUCUAUUGAUUCAUGGAGUGAUGCUUGUUCUUCAUCACAGAUAAACAAAACCACACGAAAUGUAGAGAAUGCAUAGGCUCCUCACUCUUUUAACAAAACCAGUCCUUUUAAUCUGAAUCCUCUUCUAAACUGGUUUUAGUUCUAAAUUCACCACUCAGUAGAGGCAGGCCAGUGGCUUUAUAGGUCUGGCCAGUUGUUGCCACUUAUUGGCCAGUUCUGGAGCCUGGUGGCACUUCCUCACUUAGAUCAGAGGCCCCGUCUGCACUCAAGCGCAUGGCUCCGGAGCUCUCUGGGUCUGUCCAUGGUGAUCUUUAGGGCCAUUGUUCCUUUUUCUGUGUAUUCUUGUGGUUUGCAGCAAACUGUGGCUGCACCUUUCCUCAAGCACUGUUCACGGCCGGGGGGUGUGUGUGUUAAAAUGUCUAUGUGUGCCUGCAUACACACACACACACACACACACACUCUCUCUCUGUGGUAUUUGGAAAUUCGAGUUGCAACCGGAAGAGGAAAUCCCUCCUGGGUGACCAGGCCUGGAAGGUGAGGAGAGGAAGGAAGCUCAUCACAAAGACCCGGCGGGCACAGCGUGUGCCUUGCCUUCCUGCCGCCUCUGCGAGGGCACGCACAAUGCGCUGCUGAAUCUCUCAGCCAGCCUGUCGGUCUUGCGGUGCUCAUGACGUGUGAGGCACACAGAGGGCAUUGCUGUAGUCCCUUCAUCUUCGUCUCACGCUCUCCAUAGUGUUUUGAAUCCGUUUCCACGCGCGGUUUCUUUCUCUGAUUUCUUCUGUUUUUGUACAUUGCUUUGUACUUUAUGCACAUUCUGUACCUUGAAUAUUUUUUAAGAAUUGAUUUAAAGCUAUUCAAUUAUUGGAAUUCUAAUAAAAGAAUCACAGGGGACUGUUCAGUUGUUGUGGAGUGAACUUCUUCGGAGUUAAAAACCCCCCGUUGUUGGGCAUCUGGUGUUGAAAGUCAAAAACGUUGCACUUAAGAUUUAUGGAGAUUAUUAUAAUGCACAGUACUCAGAAUAAAUUAUGCAAAUCAA